CGUUUAACCUGUUUUGUAACUUGCUAAAAAAAAAAAAGAAUCAGAGAAGAAGAACCAACUGACAGACAAAAUGGCUGUGGGACAAAGCUAGCUGCUUGGCUAGUGUAAACAUCCACCCUCAGUAGCCUGGAACUGGAGCGACGAUAAGCAGUCUUCUUAAGUUUGAAAGAUGAUGAGCCAGCGGCGUGGGAUCCAUCUGGACCAAUCAGAGCUGCUUUGCAAGAAAGGAUGUGGUUUUUAUGGCAACACUGCUUGGCAGGGCCUCUGCUCCAAGUGCUGGCGAGAGGAAAAUCAGCAAGCACGACAAAAACAGAUUCAAGAAGACCAGGCACUUGCUGAGAGGCUGCAGAGAGAGGAAGAGGAAGCAUACGCAAGCAGACAUCAGAAGGCCCAAUCACAGUCCACCAUCACACCCUUCAGCAAGUUUGAGGAAAGAAAAACGAAGGAAAAGUCCAGCAAAGUCCACACAGUCACAAAGUUUUUUACUCCUUCUUCAAAAACACCACCAAAAAAAGAUGCUUCUCCCUUUGACGCGCAGGCAAGCCCAAGCCCCAGCUCCUCUGCAAGCCGGCAUUCCUCUGUGGACAGUGACCAUGCUACACGGGAGUUCAUUGAUUUCCUCAAGCCUCUGAAGUCUGGCAGGGAGAUCUUCAAACAGUGCAGGGCCUUCACUGAGAGCAUGGUCUAUAAGAGGGACAUGGGUUCUGAUGAGCUAGCAGAGUGUGUGCAGGACUUCUACCAGAACCUCUCUGAUCGCCUCCACACUCAGUUCAAAGGUUCAUCAGAUCAUGUGGAGAGUGUAAUGGAUGAAGUGGAGAAGUACAUGAUGACACGUCUCUACAAGGAAGUCUUCUGUCCAGAGACCACAGACGAUGAGAAGAAAGACCUGGCCAUUCAGAAGAGAAUCAGAGCCUUACAUUGGGUCACGAUUGAGAUGCUGUGUGUUCCUGUAGAUGAAGAGAUCCCCGAGGUGUCCGACAGUGUAGUCAAAGCCAUCACAGAUGUGAUUGAAAUGGAUUCGAAGCGUGUGCCCAAGGACAAGCUGGGAUGCAUCACUCGCUGCAGCAAGCACAUCUUCAAUGCCAUCAAAGUCAGCAAGAAAGAGGCUGCGUCUGCGGAUGACUUCCUCCCCACACUCAUCUACAUUGUGCUGAAAGCAAAUCCUCCGAGACUGCAGUCCAACAUCCAGUACAUCACCCGCUUCUGCAACCCCAGCAGACUCAUGACUGGAGAGGACGGUUACUACUUCACCAAUCUGUGCUGUGCGGUGGCCUUCAUUGAGAAGCUGGAUGGCCAGUCUCUGAACCUAAGCUCCGAGGAGUUUGAGCUCUACAUGUCGGGCCAGGCGUCCCCUCACUGGCCACAGGCAACCGGAGCUUCCUCCUGUUCCCCAGGCAGCGCAGCUCUUAACCAGGUCCACAAACGGCUGGACAUGCUCACAGGGCUCGGGGAGAGGCAGGAUCGGGUCAUGGAGAAGGCUCGCCAGCUGGAGAACGACCUCAUCGACUGGACAGACGAGGUGGAGCAGAAGGUGCAGAGUGUUCUGGAGAGCUUUCCACCAGAGACACAGAACCUGACUGCCCCCGCAGCCACUGGGACAACGGCUGCAGCAUCUUCAGCCAUUGAUGCUGAUAAUGUUGAGAAUGAGCUCUUGCCACCACCACUGACCCCACAGGUGUUCGCUGGUUGACGUGAAGAGCUCUGCUCUAAAAUGAAUUCCUCUAGAGGCUUUACUCCACCCCCCUCCUUUCCCCUGCUGUCCGUAUGCACAUACAGCAGCCAGUACAUGAGAUAUGAAUCAUUUCCACUCUAGCCAUCACUGUUCCAUCCAUCCCUUGUCCUCGAGGCCGGGAAAUCACACCGAACAGUAACAGAAACAUUGUUUGACAUUUUGGGAAGCACACUCAUUUUCUUUCUUGCAGAGAGUUAGAUGAGAAGAUCAGUGACAACUGGAUCUCUGUAUGGUAAAUGUUAAGCUGUAGCUGGUUAGCUUAUCUUAGGAUAAAGGCUGGAAACAGGCUGGCUCUGUUCAAAGCUCACAAGUGAACAUUGAACAAUCUAUCUCAUUUGUUUAUCUUGUGUAAAAGCCCAAGUACAAAGAUGACUAGUUAGUUGUCACAGGUGCUUGUUGUUGAGUUGUGUUGCCUUUGAAUGGAACCAGGCUUGCUAUUUCGAUUUGCUUCCAGUCUUUGUGUUAAGCUACGUUAACCAUCUCCUGGCUUCAUCCUAAUAUUUAACAUACAGACAUGCGAGCAGUAUCGGCCCUCUCAUCUGACUCCUAGCAAGAAAGCGAAAAAGAAUAUUUCCCAGAGAGAGAGAGAGAGAGAGUCGCAGAGACCAAGUACACUCCAGCAUUUUGUCGUGGUUGAAAAGUCGAGGAUAUCCUGAUGUGGUGCCUGGACCGCCUCAACAGGCUCCUCCUUUUAAUGUAAAGGAGCAGACUGACUCCACUUCAAGUUCUUCCCGAACACUUCUAUUGGCCAGCGUCAAGGCGUCUUCAGUACCUCAGUCCCUCUUCACACUUGUCUUGUAAUCGUUGUUAGAUCUGUGCAGAUGAGAUAAAUGGUUGGAUGUGAUAUUUAAACAUGUUUUUUGUCAUUACCUGCAUCUUUUCAGAUAAGAAAUAAGUUUUUCCAGCUGUUAAUUGAAAAAGCGGAGGCUUUAGCAUCUAAUAACCAGAAUGAGAAGUUUUGGCAAAGGAAAUUGAGAAAUCUUAACUUCCCCACACUAAAAAAAGCCUUCCAGCCCAUGCUCGUGAUACGUGCCGUAUUUACUGUGUAUUUCCCUUUCCUACGGCGAAACAUCUGGGGAGAAAGGCGUGUGUGUGUGGCGGUUGUGCAUGCAGGCCAGAGUGUCUGAAAGUGCUGCAUGGACAUGUUCCGUUAAUGAUGAUGAAUCAUAAAGUCCUCCAGUCGUGUGGUUGGGCAUUGUAGUUUUUUUUUUUUUUUUCUUUCCUCAUGCCAGAUGUCUCACUCCAGUCAUAUGCUGGAUGUACAGAAGUGAUUUUAUUUUUCUAUAGAGUGGCAGGUAUCAAUUCUUUUGGAUGCAAUAGCAGAUAUUAAUCCUGUAAUAUUUACAGUAGUAAAGAACAUUGCUUGAACACAUGGUUCUAAUGAUUGAAUAGUCAAAUGUUUAUGUUUUGGUUUGUCGUCUCAAGAGGGUGUCAUAAGUAUGGCCCAUCAUAACACAAAAAAAGAGUUUUUUUAAAAUUUGCUCUGUCUGGGCUGUUGGAUUAGAUUAAAAAAAAAAAAAAGAAGAAGAAGACAAAUGUGAUGUUUCCUGGAAACACAAUACAUAAAAAUCACUGGUAAGGCCAGUUGCCUUACUAGUUUAGCAGACUCGACUUAACUCAUCCAAUUUAAUUUAUUUUUUUAAGCACUUUUCUGUAUGAUUUUAAUUGAGAAGUAUGUUUAAUGAAGGAAGAUGUGGCUGUAUUCAGAUAAAAGGAUCAUCAGUUGAACAGUGUUGUGGGCUGUUGCCGUACAGACGUGUUUCUUUGUAUUUGGCAGCCAUGUAGUUGAAGAAACGUUUGGGAGAGUUGUGCGUUUGUCUUCCUUUUGCUUAUGAGCUAACAUUUCCUUAUGUUGCAAGAUUUUAAUCUUUUUUUUUAUAUAGCUGUGUUUGCAACAGUAUAGUCAGUGUGCAGUUGCUUUUCAGUUUUAGUUUGAGAAGAGGCUUUUAUUGUAAACUUAAAGCUACUACAAGGAAACGCUCAUUCUUUGGUGAGUCUGGCAGCCCUUAUAUGGAAAAAAGAUGAUGAUGUGAACCGAAGUAAACGUUGUACAGCUACCAGACCACGGAGCAGCUUCUUACCUCAAGCACUCUGCCCUAAAACAGUUUAAAUUUUACUGCAUAUUCCACCCAGACAAGUCAGAAUCUGACCUAGUGACAGGCAUUCAGAAUAACUGUAACAACUGUACAGAAACAGCCAGUCAUCUUGCUGAUGGUCUCGUUCUCUUGUGUAGGACAUGUAGAGGCAUCUGUAUCAAAUUGAUUAAAUUGAAAGUUCCUUGUAGUACAUUCAAACAAUAGCUUGGAUAAUUUCAUAUUGCACUGUAUGCAGAAGCCAUUUAUCAGGUAUUUUAAAGAAGUUUAAAAACAUCUUUGUAACCUUAUAGGUUUGUUAUUGUAUCACUUGAAAGAAAGUAACUCAAUACUGUCUUUUAUUUAAAUGUAACUUAUUGGGGCAGUGUUGGUUUAUUUGCAUCUAUGGGUGUGUGAUGAUGAUGAUGAUGAUGAUGAUGAUGAUGAUGAUUAAAAAUUGAAAAUGCACGUGCA